AUGGCAUCGGCUGUCAUCCGCGCCGGCCGUGUGGGCAGGAGCCGCUAUAUAAGCGGCGGCGGACGCCGCGGGGCAGACGCGCGGAAGCGGCCGGCGCCUCGGAUCGCAGCGGCUGAGCAGCGGCGCCCCCCGCGCCGCGUGUCCCCGACGGGCCCUCGCCCGCCCUCCCGAGCCGCGCCGCCCCGGGCCCGCCAGGGCCGCCGCCGCCCCGCAGCAGAUUUGGAUCCGCCGCCCGGCGAGCCCCAGGCGGCUGCCUCCCGGGGGGCCCCGGCGGCGCAGCGGCCGCUCCCCGACAGCCCCGCCGCCGCCCCGCCGCCGCCGCCCGGCCCCGAGGACGCCGCCGGCAGCGCCAUGGCGGCCGCCAAGCCCGGCGAGCUGAUGGGCAUCUGCUCCAGCUACCAGGCGGUGAUGCCCCACUUCGUGUGCCUGGCCGACGCGUUCCCGCAGCCCGUGCGGCCCGCCAAGCUGCCCAAGGGCAAGGGCCGGCUCCGGCGGCCGCGCCAGUCCCGCUUCAAGACGCAGCCGGUGACCUUCGACGAGAUCCAGGAGGUGGAGGAGGAGGGGGUGUCGCCCAUGGAGGAGGAGAAGGCCAAGAAGUCCUUCCUGCAGAGCCUGGAGUGCCUGCGCCGCAGCACGCAGAGCCUGUCGCUGCAGCGCGAGCAGCUCGGCAGCUGCAAACUGAGGAACAGCCUGGACUCCAGCGACUCCGACUCGGCCCUGUGA